AUGGGUUUCGAGCGUAAACAUGUCUCGAAGCUGGUACCGGCCAACCUGAAGUUGCUGUCUCCGCUGUUGCUCGCGGUUGCCAUCAUCAACUCUGCGACACUUGGGUACGAUGCGUCUGUCAUGAACGGACUACUCAUCCUGCCGUCCUACACUGAAUACUUUCACUUGACGACUGCCACCGAGGGCCUCAAUAAUGCAGCAUCAUGGAUGGGUAGUAUCGUGGGAGCUUUCUUGAUGCAGCCGAUUCCGGAUUACUUUGGCCGCCGACGAGUCAUUCUUGUUGCUUCAGUCAUUACAGUUGUCGGCAUCAUCCUUCAAGCUGCAGCACAGAACAUUGCCAUGUUCGUCGUCGCUCGCAUAAUUGUCGGCAUUGGGUCUGCAUUCGUACCCAGCCUUCUCGCUGUCGUUCUGGUUCCCUUUGUUCCAGAAUCUCCCCGGUGGCUCAUUGCAAACAAGCGGGAUGAUGAGGCAUUGGAGGUGCUCGUCAUCAUGCAAGGCAAGGGGGUCGAAGACAUGCAACAGGGACGGGAGAACCUGCACGAGAUACGAGCUAUCAUGAAGAAGGAAGAGGAGGAGUAUCCUCGAAAUCCUUGGAGAGAAAUCUUCGCGACACCAGCCAACAGGAGAAGACUUGCCAUCCUUUGCACAUUUGGUCCUAUGAUCAACAUGUUUGGCAACUUCAUCAUCUCGUUCUACCUCACGAAGAUUCUUGAUCAGGCGGGUAUCAAAGACACCGUCAAACAAACUCAGAUCCAAGUCAUUCUCAACUGUUGGUCUUUUGCGGUGGCUGUCUUUGAUAGCUUUAUGCUUGACGCCCUCGGGCGGCGAAUCCAAAGCUUCAUUGGAAUCGCAGGCAUGUCUGCGAAUCUCUACAUUAUCGGAGGUCUGAUCAAAAAGUAUGGCGAAAGUACCAACCAGUCAGGAGUAUAUGGCACGAUUGCCGUAAUCUUCCUUUUUCAAGGCUUUUACGCCUUUUCCAUCACGCCAAUGACCAGCUCGCAUCCUACCGAGGUUUCUCAAUACAAGCUUCGCGCCACUGGUAUCGCCAUAUUUCGCAUGUUGGAUGCUGGCUUCGGGCUGCUCGCAUCAUUUUGCAUGGCUUAUGCAAUGGCAGACUUGGGCUGGAAAUUCUAUUUAAUCAACGCUUCAUGGAAUUUGUUGUUUCUCGUCGUUGCCUACUUCACAUUCGUUGAGACUAAGGGUCUCAAAUUGGAAGAAAUUGCAGCCAAGUUCGAGGGAUCCCGCAUUCUCGAUGCCAUUACUGAGGAUUCAGACUCUCAAGAGACCAGAGACGCCAAGGUCUUGGGCAGCAUUGACACUAAAGCUAUAGCACAGAAUUUUCUAGAUCAUUAG